AUGGACUGCUAUGUCUCAGUUGGACCAUGGUGCAGCAUGGUGCAGCGAGUACGUGCGGUAAGGAGUGCUGCUGCUACCUCUAUUCCCCGUACUGGUUGGACGGUCAGCGUCGACAGUUUCCAAGUCGGUUAUGAGGCAGAGAAAAUGCUUGAUGGUGACCCCAAGUCCUUCUGGCACACGCAAUGGACUCUAUCGAACAUGCUGCUGCCUCAUAAAGUUACCAUCGACAUGAAAAGGGUAUUUGUGGUGAAUGGUUUCUCAUAUCUUCCGCGGCAGGACGGCCAAAAUAACGGCAACAUUGGUCAGCAUAAGCUUGAGUUGAGUAUUGACGGAAAUGAUUGGGGUGAACCUGUGGCAAGUGGAAUGUACCUGAACGAUUCCUCACAGAAAACAACCCUCUUCACACCGCAGCCCGGUCGGUAUGUUCGCUUUACAGCGAUGUCAGAAGCUCAAGACACCGGAAACCAAUGGAUGAGUGCUGCGGAAGUGAAUAUCCUCAGUCCUGAUCCAAGCUUUUCUGGGUCGGACUUCACCUCACAACCUGCCGAUAAAGGGAAAUGGGGCCCUAGCGUCAAUUUCCCUGUUGUUCCUGUUGCAGCGGCAAUGAUUAACGACACCAAUCUGCUGAUGUGGUCUGCUUUCAGGCCUGACACGUUUGGCGGAGAAACCGGCAUUACAUUCACCGCUACUUGGGAUCUAAGCACGGGAACUGUUUCGCAACGAGUGGUCAAUGAUACUCAUCAUGAUAUGUUCUGUCCCGGGCUUUCUCUAGACCAUUUGGGUCAACCGGUUGUUACCGGGGGGAGCAGUAGCCUGAGGACCAGCAUCUAUAAUACAGGCACAGACAGAUGGAUCGCCGCCAGCAAUAUGCAAAUUGCGCGGGGCUAUCAAUCCCAAGUCACUUUAUCGAAUGGACAAAUCUUCACGAUUGGUGGCUCAUGGAGCGGCGGUCAAGGCGACAAGGCUGGAGAGGUCUAUGACGUCGCCAACAAUAUCUGGACAAGACUACCAGGCUGCAAAGUCGAGCCUAUGCUAACAAAGGAUAGCCAAGGCGUAUACCGCCAAGACAAUCAUGGGUGGCUAUUUGCAUGGAAACAAAAAUACGUGUUCCAGGCUGGCCCGAGCAGUGCCAUGAACUGGUAUAAUGUGGACGGAACAGGAAGCCAGCAGGAUGCGGGUCUCCGUGGCAGUGAUCCUGACUCAAUGAAUGGAAAUGCGGUCAUGUACGAUGCGCUUCAGGGCAAGAUCCUUACAGUUGGGGGGGGCCCGAACUACCAAGAUAGCGAAGCGACCAACUCUGCACACAUCAUCACUCUCGGAAAUCCUGGCGACACAGCAAAUGUCCGUCAAAUCAGUCCCAUGGCUUACGCUCGCGGGUUCGCGAACAGUGUUAUCGUGCCAGACGGCAAGGUCCUCAUCCUUGGCGGUCAAAGUUAUGUCGUGCCAUUCACGGACACCAACGCCAUCAUGGUUCCAGAGCUUUGGGAUCCAGAAACCGAGAUGUUUGUGGCAAUGAAUCCCAUGGCUGUUCCCCGCACCUAUCACAGCAUUGGCCUCCUCCUCCCAGACGCUACAGUUUUGAGCGGGGGUGGCGGCCUUUGCGGUACCAACUGCGCCACCAACCACUUCGAUGCCCAGAUCUUCCUCCCACCGUACUUGUUCAAGGCAGACGGAUCACUGGCUCCCCGGCCGCAGAUCACCAGUACUCCAGGAACAGUCAAAGUCGGCGACUCCAUAACUGUGCAAACAGAUGUGGAAGUCGCAGAUUUUGCACUCAUACGGUACGGUUCGAAUACACAUUCAGUGAACACGGACCAAAGACGUAUUUCUCUGAAGCCGAGAGUCACAAACAAAAUCUCGUAUACGCUAGACUUGCCUAGUGAUCCUGGAGUUGUUAUUCCCGGAUAUUGGAUGUUGUUUGCGAUAACAAGUGAGGGUGUGCCUAGUGUUGCAAGAACGGUUCACAUACAGCUGUGA